AGUGACGGAGAUAUGGGAGCUAUCGAGGACGCCGUUGAUGCAGCCGCAAACUUCGUGGGCCCGUUUGUGGAUAGAGCCAGAAAAGAGAAUGAAUAUCAGAAUGGCCGGACGGAAUUGAACUCUGAAGACCUGGUAGAGCAGGCGUUGUCGCACCUUCAAGCCAUCAACGCCGCAGAUCUGACCGCAGAUCCCAAUGCUCCAUACGAUGCAUCCCUUGCUGGUGUUGUGUACGCGCUUCUGGAUUUGAUCACAUCACUCGGUAUCCUGCCAUACGUAUCUCCUGGCCUCGCAUUCAGUCAGCGGCCAAAGUCCGUGUUGACCAUAUCGAUCAUACCAUGUCCGAACCGAACCGAAGAUACUUUGGUUAAAGUGAUUCAAAUUCUACUUGUUAUACUGGAGCAAAGAGGAUCCGGCGUCCAACCGCUCAUCUCUCAGCGAAUCUUUCCAGAUGUAGUAUCUGCACUCGUAGAGCUCUCGAUGUCCCCCGAGAAAAGCCUAGAGACUCGUUCUACAUUUGAGCCCUUCUACAAUAACACAAUUUCAGAAACACCUACCUCCCGACUUCUUCUGAUUCUUACCACCUUCCUCCAGCAACCACUCCCAUCGUGGACUAAGCCUCGCCUGUCCAAAGAGUUGGCAAUGGUUCCACUUCGCAACAAAGGAGUUCGACACACUAUCGAGUUUCUCUCUCUCUCGUACCUGAACAAGAACUCGCAUGUACCCCAACAAGCCGCAGGCCCAUCAUCUCAAAUUCCGAUCCCCUUAGAGGCUAUCACUCAAGCGUCUCGACUUCUAGUAUCACCGCCGAGUGGGAUUGCUCAAGAUGAUUGGCUGAGAGGCCUGGAACCGCAGCUCUGGAACCUGCUGGAUGGCGAUGAGGGGAAGGAACUCAGUAGGGCUGCAGGUCAAAUCAUCGCUGGUGGGAUCUUGAGCAAAAAGACAACUGGUGCGCCUGGCACCAUUGGGUGGGACUUGUUUGCGCGACCAAUCUUGGAAGCAAUAUAUCCCAGAAAAGCUUUAACGACGACGACUAGACAGAGUACGAAUGACCAGAUUGUAAUGCCCGAGGAAAGUCUCAAGUUGGCUUUGGAGCGGCUAUACGCUAUAGCAUCGUCGUACUCGCAUGCCGGCUUGUUGAAAAGACUCGUAGGUCCUCUAUUACUCCCACUCUGGGCCUUGUUCAACUAUGCGAAAGCGCGGCCGUCGCUCAAUCAAGAAUGGAGUAGAUUGCCACGAUCCAUACUGCUGCGUUAUAUGGCCAUUGCCUGCGACCCCAAGCAGACCAACGCCAUCGCCAUGAACCUUUUCUGGGAGGGAGAUGCGUCUUGGAUAUUUGGACCAGGCUCCCAGGGCGGUGUUGAGAUACGAGUUCGAUCGAUAAAGUCGGAUGGUACGGACGCUCUCCAAGACAUGGACAGCAUUCUCUCGCGCGUCAGCAAUUUGGAUGAACGCGUAGACCGCCUUGUGUCUCUUCUCUCGGAGGCUGACGUAGCGGACGAUAUGGCAGGGACCAUCUUCGUGCAAGCAGCAAAGCGCUGGCUGUCCCCCACGAAAGACAACACCCAGUCGCUGACUGAUGAUCCGGAUGACGAUCCAUUGGCCGCCUUGACAAACGCAAAACUGUCUGAAGCCAUGGCAACAAAGUUCAAGGACAAAUUUGUGAAAAGUCCACAACAUAUCGUUGAACUUAUGGGACAGUUGUUGCAGAACUACACGACUGAACACAGAUCCAGAACCGCAAAGUUGGCAAAAUCGAAAGCUCCACGCCGCGCAAACCUGGACAAGAUUUUCCAAAAAGAUGGAUUGGAUAGGGAAAUUGAUGAUGGUACUGCAGAUGAAGAGCUCAUAAGCUUUGCCUUGAGUAUCAUGAAAACGCUCUUAACAUCGCCAGAGUUCAAACCGACCGCCGCAACAGACGCGUUACUUCCAGACCUUCUCGAAGAACUCCGAUAUCUAUCGCAACAACAUCCACAACUUCCAAUCUCGCCAUUGCUCACCAAUUCAGCUUCAACCUUAGUGCACCUUCUCGCUCCUACGGUUCCUUCCACUUCGUCACCCAUCACAGAUCCCCUUACCGAGCACCGCGCAACCUUGAAAACCAUAUCAACAGAGCUCACAUCUGCCGAGCCCCCAAACCGCACCUGGGCCCUCCACACGCUCCACAAGCUCAUACAGAACACAUCUGCAUUCCCCGCCAUCGACAUUCCCUCAAUAGCCCACCUUCUCCUCUCAGCAAGCAUAGCAGACCCAGAAUCUUACGUCCACACCGCCGCUAUACCCGUGCUGGUCGACCUCGCAGUCCGCGCCCCCAAGCCCACCGUGCGCAUCAUCGUCGACGCCUUCAUCGACAUCGACGAGCAAUCGCUGAAGCUGACACGAGGCAAGCCAACAGACGAGAAGGAACGGAAACUCCAAGAAGCGUUGGACUUCCGCCUCCGUGUUGGCGAAGUACUGCAUAACUUCAUCCUGGAAGAUGCCUUCUGGACACACUGCAACGACACGACUCCCCUCCGUCAGAUCGUUGAAGCAACACUCUCCCUCGCAAGUCGCCGCGGUCAACGCAAACAGACCCUCUCUACCCGCAGUCUCUUAUUUGCCGACGAGGAACGCCUCCGCGAAGAAGGUGAAGCAGCAUGGGGCGGUCCAUUGCCCGACCUGCUCUCCCCCGACGCCUCCUCCGCACCCGAUCCAGACGUCGACGCGCUAUUGAAGCUGGUGCAAGGCUGGCAGGAAACAGGACUAGAGGAGGACAUCCGUCUACGCACUUCAGCACUCAGCAUCCUGGGCACGAUCUUUGAGCAUCGACUCCCUCUGCUCAGCCAGGCGGUCGUGGAUGCAGGGCUACAGACUGUGCUCUACGUGCUUACGCUGGAGAAUGCGACCUCGAAGGCUAUUCUGCGACGCGCGGCGGUGCUGGUUGUGAUGGGGUUGUUGCGCGCUCUGGACGCUGCGCUUGAGCAUGGGCGGGAGAGUGGUGUGGGGCUGGGUGUGAGGCAGCGGGGGGAGGUGGAGAGAGUGGUCAGGUGGGUUGGGGACGAGGAUGGGGAUGCGCUUGUGAGGGACCAUGCAGGGAGUGUGGUUGAAGGGCUGGAGACGCUGGAGAUGAAGAGGCUGUAUAGGGUUAGAGAUGAAGGGUUGCGGCUUGGGCUUGGACCUGAUUUGGGACUUGAGGGUAGACUGAAGGGUCUGGAUGUCGAGCUGGAUGUUAGUGGGUCGAGUGCUGCGAGGAAGAGGAUGGUUGUGGAAGAGAUUGAGUAGAUAGCUGUCUCACGAUGAAUCGCGCGACAUGGUCCAACACAC